AUGUAUUUCGCUAGACUUACUAUCUAUCGACUUAAUAUUCUAGAUAAGCAACCACUAAGUAUUAAGCGAGCUAUACAAACUCACCCGGAGCUCACUACCGGCUCAGGACUGCAGGUAAUGAGUAUUGAACAUGAGCAGAACUGUAGAAUUCGAGUGACAUUCUGGAGUCGAGGCAGUCUGGUUCUCUUAGCAACUGACAAUAUGGCGCAAGACCAAGCGAAGAUUAUCACCGAGACUGAUGCUCACGAGAUCAUUGGCUACGCGAGUCAGCCGCCCCCUGAGGGGUCAGCCCCAAAUGACUUGGAUCAGGACUACAUCUUCAAGAGCGCGAUGGAAACCCUAACGCGCCUUGACGAGUUGAUCGUCAAGGUGAACGGCCGAGAGCACAAUCCCAUCAGGGGCGCCGAGUGGCUGUCAGGGGACGCCAAGGACCUCUGCGAUAGGCUCGUCGAGGCCAAGAAGCCCGUUGUCGAGCUAGUCGACCGGCUCAGAAAGAAUGGACCACCAGUCCGAGAAGAGGAUAACAGCAUGUAUUUGGAACUGUUUGGUUAUUGGAAUGUGGUUGAUCCUCUUAUUUCGGAGGCCUAUAAGUUUCUGGGACACUAA